UGGUAAAGGAUAUGAAAUAAACUCACUAGUUAAUCUGAUUAAAAGGAAGCAACCGAUAGUAACUUCCGCGUGUUUUAAGCGCUAGUGCAUGUGUUUGUUAAUGUUUCGGCUGCGUCAUACACUUUAGCAAAGUGUUUGUUACAAUGGACUUAUUUAUUCGUAAAAUGAAAAUAUCUAUCUAUGUCUUAGGGUUUGCUUUGUUUAAAUUGGACAUUUAUACCAAAGGUCAGAGUCUUUACAUUUCAAACAAUGAGACGUCAUGGGCUAAAGUCAACUGCAAUCUUGCGAUUCCAAACCUUACCUUUACAGAAUUUGGACUUCUUCCCAAACACGUACAGAAUAUUACAAAUGAUGAUUUGAAAAAAGGUGUAUGGAUAGGGUUGUUUAAGGCCAGACUGAGCUUCGCUUAUAUUGGUUGCAAUAAAAUAAACGCCGACAGUAUUUUAGUAAAAGCAAAAGACUUAAGUGAAUGCAGAUGGAAAACUGGGUGCGAUACUAUUGCUGUAAGACGGUUUAAUGAUGAAACAAUUGAAUGUCAAUGUGGCAACUCUUCGGACUUGCAACACGAACAUGAAUGCACUUCAAGAUGCGGAUCUGGAGACGAAUAUCCAUGCGGUGACUCUGGGAAAGCACACUUCGCCAUUUAUACCGUGGAAAAUGUGUCAAUAAGUUCGGAGAAUGACAAUGAUGCUGAUAGAGGUUGUCUUAAAUUUCGUUCAAAUGGAUCCAAGAAGUUUAUUUGGUGGAAAUGCUAUAAAAAGUUCAACUGGAGAUCUCAAAUUUUAUGCAGCGAUCGACCUUCAACAGAGGACGGUGCAACCGUUGAUGACAUUUCGGACGAAGAUAAUGAUUGGGCGAUUGCAGGAAACAAAUGUUUUGCCAAAGACAUGUAUCCAGCUACAAUGGAACAUAUUAUGCAUAUGAAUAUUUCGAGCGAGGAAAGGUAUUGGACAGGAAUCAUUAGGAUGACUUCCAUCAUUCGACGCGAUGAAACAUUUAUUACGUACCCACCAAAAAGGUUUGCCUAUAUCACCGUUUCGGGAGAUCAACUGCAUGUUGAAUUUGGCGACGACCUGACGGUGAAAAGAAAGAGUCUAUGUAAGAAAGCCAACUUAAUACCUACUUCAACUGAACAAAGAAGACACGAUGACAUUGAUUCUCUGUUGAGUACAGAUACCACCAGUCCAAAAGUUGAAGGAGUUGCAAGGCAGGUUCCAAUCAUGAAGAUAGCCGUUGGUCUAUCAGCUGGUAUCCUCCUCUUAGUACUGAUCAUAAUCGGUGUCGUACUAUGGAAAAGGAAUAAAAUCCACUGUUUAAAUCGUGGUGAUAAGACAUUGUUAGAAAAUGAAAUAGCCAUGCAGGUCAUCGAUACACGACACAAAGGACCAGGCACAAGUGUCCGUUCACAUGCAUAUCCAAACCAUGACUUUUCUGGAAACCAGACUAUUUCAACUAAACCACAAACGUUUGGUGAUUCAUCAUUAAGUGAUACAUGUGAUGAUCCUUGUGAUGAAAAUAAUCAACGAGACAUUCAACAACGUGAAAAUGUAUACAACUUUACUAACCAACAAGUCGAAGAAUAUGACACGCUUAACCACUCUGGCAUUAGAAAUCACGUGAUUUCACAACCUAUUAACGAUUAUGAUUCCAUGUCUAACUGCAAUGAAGACACAUAUGACCAUUUGGAUGAGCAACAGGAGCCGAACACAGAUACUGUAUAUAGACUACAGAGCAUAAACGAGCAUGAAGAGGCGUAUAACCAUUUGAAUAUGCCGUCUAAAAAGGGACAGAGCAAGAAUACGGUAUAUGGAUUUAAAGAAAGAAACCAACAUGAAAACCCGUAUACCCAAUUGGAUGAGCAAUCAAGACUGAGGCAUAACACCGAUGAUGUAUAUGAAUCACAAGACAGAAACGAACAAGAGGACACGUAUAACAAUUUGGUUGGACAAUCUAAACAGAGGCAUUACACGGAUAAUGUAAAUGAACCACAAGACAGAAACGAACAGGAAGAUACGUAUAACAAUUUGGUUUGACAAUCCCAACAGAGGUAUAAUACGGAUAAUGUAUAUUGACCACAAGAUAUAAAUGAACAAGAAGACACAUAUAACCAAUUGGAUGAGCAGUCUUAACAAAAGCAGAAUACAUAUAAUGCAUAUAGACUACAAGACGGAAACGAACAGGGAGACACGUAAAGCGACAUGAAUACAUACAAUUAUUUGCAAAGAGCCUAAACCAAAAACGGAAUAUGACAAAUAUGUACAGACUAAAAAUCAGGAAUAAAUACAAUACAACAAUUGAGGCAUCGUCAUCAUGUGCAAAUGGGUUGAACAGCGUUGGAGUUCAUUAUAAUGACAGAAUCGGUAUCAAUUAGAAUGUGUUUUUUUAAGAUAGAACCGAAUAUAACGAUCUCCUAAUAUUGACAUUGGUUUUGUUUAUUAACUGACCAUGGUACAUUUGCAAUUUUGAUUCGAAUGUGUAUCAAAAUACUAGCGACAGUAUAAUGAGAAGUAAAUAAAAAAAGGCCUCGAUUUCCAGAUUUUGUUUAAGCGUAACAAGCUUAAAUAGCAUACAUCAUUAAUUCAAAACAGUUUAUCGUGAUAAGGUAUAAUAUCCUUCUAAAGACCAAACCCUCUGAAGAAUUGAAUUAUAACACAAACUUUUAAACAAAAAUAGUUAGCUUAAUUCUGUUUAAAGUGGUGUAAGAAUCGUCUUAUAUAUUGGGAACAUGUGAAAGCUGAAAUGUGCAUGAUGUAUUUAUGUUUCGUAAGAUAUAAAUUAGAGUUUGUUAUUGUUUUA